GGGCGUGGGGGUAUUUAGGCGCGCGGGCUGGGCACGGAGCAACCCGGCGGGCGGAGCUCGGGGAGUACAGGACCCGCUUCCAAAAUGUGGCAGCUGCUGGCCACGCUGAGCUGCGUGACGCUGCUGGCGGGGGUGCAGGGUGCCCCAAACUUCCCACCCCUGUCAGAUGAGCUGGUCAACUAUGUGAACAAGCAGAACACCACGUGGCAGGCGGGACACAACUUCCCCAACGCGCACCUGAGCUAUGUGAAGAAGCUGUGUGGGACCGUCCUGGGAGGGCCCCGGCUGCCCCAGAAAGUGCAGCUGACCGAGCCCAUCAAGCUGCCCGAGAACUUUGAUGCCCGUGAGCAGUGGCCCAACUGCCCAACCAUCAAGGAGAUUCGCGACCAGGGCUCCUGCGGCUCCUGCUGGGCCUUUGGGGCAACCGAAGCCAUGUCUGACCGCAUCUGCAUCCACACCAGUGGGCGGGUGAACGUGGAGGUGUCGGCCGAGGACCUGCUCACCUGCUGCGGCCUCCAGUGUGGCGAGGGCUGUAACGGGGGCUUCCCGUCUGGAGCAUGGAAUUUCUGGAAGAAACAAGGCCUGGUGUCUGGGGGUCUCUAUGACUCCCACGUGGGCUGCAGGCCCUACUCCAUCCCGCCCUGCGAGCACCAUGUGAACGGCUCCCGGCCCCCCUGCACAGGAGAGGGGGGUAGCACCCCCAAGUGCAGCAAGAGCUGCGAGGACGGCUACGGCUCCACCUACAAGGAGGACAAGCACUAUGGCUGCAGCUCAUACAGUGUGUCCAGUGACGAGGAGGAGAUCAAGGCUGAGAUCUACAAGAACGGCCCCGUGGAGGCGGCUUUCUCCGUCUAUGGUGAUUUCUUCGCAUAUAAGUCAGGCGUGUACCAGCACGUUGCCGGGGAGAUGAUGGGCGGCCACGCCGUGCGCAUCCUGGGCUGGGGCGUGGAGGACGGCACCCCAUACUGGCUGGUGGGCAACUCCUGGAACACAGACUGGGGUGACAACGGCUUCUUCAAGAUCCUGCGUGGCCAAGACCACUGCGGCAUCGAGUCCGAGAUCGUGGCCGGCCUGCCCUGCACGGAGCAUUACGUGCACAGGCUGUGACCCGCAUGCACCGCCAACCAGGUGCGGCGGCCCUGGGGAGGGUCUCAACAUGCCCAUCCUUGUAGUGCUGUCACUCCUGUUCCCCUACCAAUCCCCACAAACGAAGGGGCGACUUAGGCUCCACACGGUGCCGGGCAGGGUACCGGCUGCCGCGUCCAGCUUGCCCUCGCAUGGCAUUCUGACCCAGGCUGUGCCAUGCGCCUCAGCUAAUCAUGUGGACUGAAGACUGGCCAGAAGUGUGUCCUCCUUACAACAGAGCAAGCCCCACCCGCAGGGAGGGACCCCCACUAUUCAAUCACUGCUUUCACCAAUGGGCAUGGCCGUGCCAAUCAAUAAAAGGUUUCUCCUG